UCUCUCUCCCCUCGUCGAGCUCUGCGCCUCGCCCAUGGCCAUGGCCUCGUCGCGGAGGAGAGGAGGAGCCGGAGCUGGAGCGGGAGGGGAGAAGAAGGACCUGUUCCAUGUCGUCCACAAGGUGCCCGCCGGAGACAGCCCGUACGUCAGAGCUAAGCACCUGCAGCUUGUCGAGAAGGAUCCGGAGACGGCCAUUGUGUGGUUCUGGAAGGCGAUCAACUCCGGGGACAGGGUGGAUAGCGCCCUCAAGGACAUGGCCGUGGUGAUGAAGCAGCAGGACCGCGCCGAGGAGGCCAUAGAAGCCAUCAGAUCAUUCAGACACCUGUGCUCCAGGCAGGCUCAGGAGUCACUCGACAACCUUCUCAUUGACCUCUACAAGAAAUGCGGCAAAGUCGAAGAGCAGAUAGAGCUACUGAAGCAGAAGCUGAAGAUGAUAUACCUCGGAGAGGCCUUUAACGGGAAGGCGACCAAGACAGCGCGCUCCCAUGGAAAGAAGUUCCAGGUCUCCAUCCAGCAGGAGACUUCUCGCAUUCUGGGUAAUCUUGGGUGGGCUUACAUGCAGCAAAGCAACUAUUCAGCUGCUGAAUUGGUGUAUCGUAAGGCACAGAGUAUUGAGCCUGACGCCAACAGGGCAUGCAACCUUGGGCUGUGCCUGAUCAAGCAGAGCAGGAAUGAGGAAGCAAGGCAGGUGCUUCAUGAUGUCCUGCUGCGCAGAAUCUCCGGAUCAGAAGACGACAAGGCGGUUGCCCGAGCUGAGCAGCUCCUCCAUGAACUUGAGCCUGUGAUGAUGCAUGUUCCAUCGCCACUAGACGCUGGGCUGAGUGUCAGUGAAGGGAUCAUGGAGAGGCUAGACCUUGUGCUGAACGAGUGGACGCCAUUCAGGUCAAGGAGGCUACCUGUAUUUGAGGAGAUAGCUACCUUCAGGGACCAAAUUGCCUGUUGAUCCCUUGUGUUUGCAAGGUUUUUGUUCUUCUACUUAACGUGCAUACCGGCGUGUUCCAUUAGAAAUUCAUGUGGAUAUAUGUAGGAGUUAUUGUGAUGUUACAUCGUGAGUAAUAUUCAGAUAGAUACCAUAUACUAGUCUAGUUUCAUGUAAAGCAUCCAAGGAAUAGUCUAGUUUUUGCUGUAUGUUCUGUGAUGCUUGAAACGUGUUGUAAACAUUUACAUGAAAGCCAAGUGCACUGUUCACUUA